AUGGUAUAUAAGACAAGCAGGCUGGCUGGCAGCCUCAUCUCUGCGUCCGUGUCAGCUUGCAAUGGCUCCCGGGAGCUUGGCCUCCGGUGGUUUGGGCUCUGGGUGACGUCCUGCUGUCCACCCGCAGGCCCGCGCCAACAUGCCGUCCCACCACCACGCCGCAACCCCCCGAUGCUGCGCAUGGUGCUGGAGGCGCUGCAGGAGGGCGAGCAGCGCCGGGGCACCUCGGUGAUGGCCAUCAAGCUGUACAUCCUGCAGAAGUACCCUACGGUGGACGCCAUCCGGCUCAAGUACCUGCUGAAGCGGGCCCUGGACACGGGCAUGCAGCGCGGCCUCCUCAUCAGGCCCAUCAACUCCAGGGCCAGGGGGGCCACGGGCAGCUUCAAGUUAGUUCCCAAGCAAAAGAAAAAAAUCCAGCCCAGGAAGACAGCCACCGUGUCGGCCCCCCGGAGACCUGGUGAGGCCAAGGAGGAGGCCCCCAAGAAAGAUGGCCAGACCAAGGGCGAAGAGGCAAGAGGGGGCAAGGCCAGGAAGGCCCCCCAACAGCCAGACAAGGCCACAGAGGCCCCUCCUGGUGCCAGUGGGCCCCAUGGGAAGUUAAAGAUUAAAGGCAAGAAGGACAGCCCAGGUAGGUGUGUAAGAGGCGACAGGAGGGUGUGGGCAGCCACUGGGUGUAAGGAUGGAGGGGCUGGCUCUGGGGAGGAGAUUUCCUAUCUGGUCCAUGUGCCCUGA